UCAUCAUAAUGUAGUUAAACUUGAUUUAAAGGUCACAUAUUAUACUCCAUUUAAACUAGUUAUUAUAGGUCUCAGACACCUCCAAACCAUGUCUCUGAAGUUUUUUUUUCAAAAAAACAAUCAGAUCAUGCAUUCCAGCAUGUCUCUAUAACCUCUGUUUCAGCCCAUUUCCAAAAGUGCUGAUUUCUGUGUCUGUAGCUUUAAAUGAGAAUGAGCUGCUGCGCCCCACCCCCUCUGCGGAACCGGCUGUAGCUCUCCGCCCCAUCCCCCCCGCCCCUCGGCUUGAUACCUUGGUAACAGUAAACAACUCUGAAUGUUAUAAUGACAACAGCUAUGAAUAUGACUGUUCAGUUUGACCCUGAGUCGAACACCGACUCAAACUAUGAAGAGGAAGAGGCCCCAGCAGCAGCAGCACUUCCACCUCGAAUGCAGCAAGACAUUUCACAAUGGUGCACAUGUGGAAAUUGUGCAAAAAUGCCUACAGAACCUGAGAAUAUCUGCUGCUGGGAGACACAAAAGGUUAAAAGACGGAUGGAGCAGCUGCCGGACAACAUCUCCUGCAUGAUUGAACAUCCUGGGUUGGACCCUGUAUGUUUAAAUUUGUUCACGAUGCAAAACGCAUAUAAUGUUUACAGGGCUGAAUAUGGUGCUUUGCACCAAAGGGCGAUAGAGCGCCAAUACAGGUAUCUGGCAUACAGGAGCUUUGUGAGCUGGUGCUGGGGCUUUCUUGGGCGCAGGAUCCGCGUUGUAAUUCCGGCCUGUGUGGUACUGCGGAUCCGCAGGGAGUUUCCUGACGCCCUGGCUGGUGCUUGA